AUGAUGGAUGAAUCGAAAGACAUUCCUCAAGUUGAGGAAAUAAAAUUUAAACCCAAAAAGAAGAAAAACCUCCGUCAAAGAAUUAAGGACGAAGACGAAUCUGAUGAUGAAGAACAAAUUUUAUCCAAAUUAGAAGAGGCUAAAGAGAUCCAGAAACUUCGAGAAAGGCCCAACGGUGUAAGUGUGGUCGCGUUAGCUACUGGUCAGACUAGCGUAUCUGAAGAAAUUACUUGCAAAGAUCCAUUUAGUGUUAAAUCUGGAGGCAUGAUUAACAUGCAAGCCCUCAAGAGUGGUAAAGUUAAACAAGUUGAAGACGCAUACGAUACAGGCAUUGGCACACAGUUCUCAGCGGAGACAAAUAAACGUGACGAGGACGAGGAGAUGAUGAAGUACAUAGAAGAACAAUUAGCAAAACGUAAAGAAGGAAGUGACUCAUCCAAAAAGGAAUCAGAUGACAGCGAGCUAUUAAAGUAUUUAGCUCCAGAAGAAGCUGCCUUACUAUCUUUACCAGAGCACUUACGAUCAUCCUCAAUGCACAGAUCCGAAGAAAUGCUUUCAAACCAAAUGCUGAGCGGAAUUCCAGAAGUGGAUCUGGGAAUAGAUGCGAAAAUAAAAAAUAUUGAGGCAACAGAAGAAGCAAAAAUGAAACUUUUAUGGGAGAAACAUAAUAAGAAGGAUGGACCAUCACACUUUGUGCCAACAAAUAUGGCUGUAAACUUUGUUCAACAUAAUAGGUUCAAUUUGGAUAGUAUUCAUUCAAAGAAGAGGCCAGCUGAACGACCAAUACAGAAGGUCGAAGUUAGUGUUAUUGAUGAAAGUGUUAACAAAAUAGUUAAAAAGGCAAAAGGUGAAAGAGCCACUGAUGAUUAUCAUUAUGAGAAAUUUAGGAAACAGUUUCGCAGAUAUUGA